CUCCAUCCAUCAGCCGCACCUUUGUCACUCUAUAUAAUGGUUUCCUCAUUUCUUUCUUCAGUAACACCUUAAGCAAAAGCAAACAUGGCCGGCCAACAUCCAGCUCAAGAUCCAGAUCCGGCCGUCAAUGCCUACGACUACCCCAAAGUUGUCCUCAACCCGGACGGCACGUUCCCAUGCCUCCUCGACGAUCCAAAGUCCCCGGCCGUGCCCGAUCCCGACCAGCCCUUUGCCGUCCGCAGCAAGGACGUCCCGCUCAACCCGACCCACGACACUUGGGCCAGAAUCUACUUGCCUCGCCUGCCAUCACCGCUCGACCAAAAACUGCCGAUCAUCGUGUAUUACCAUGGUGGCGGAUUCGUAUACUUAUCCCCCUCCUCCACGAGAAUCCACGAUUACUGCUGCCUCAUGGCGGCGAAGCUCUCCACCGUCAUCGUCUCCCCCAGCUACCGUCUCGCUCCGGAGCACCGCCUCCCCGCGGCCUAUGAUGACGCCGUGGAGGCCCUCCGCUGGGUCGGGACGGCCGAGGAGGAGUGGCUGCGUGAGCAUGUCGACUUUUCGCGGUGCUUCCUGAUGGGCACGAGCGCGGGCGGGAACAUCGCAUACCAUGUGGGCAUGCGCAUGAGCGCCGCCGCGGCCGAUCUAGAGCCGUUGGUGAUCAGAGGGCUGAUCUUGCACCACCCCUUUUUCGGUGGGUCCAAGAGGACUGAGUCCGAAGUGAGGCUGUUCAACAACCCCAUCCUGCCGGUGAACGGGACGGACCUGAUGUGGGAGCUGGCGCUGCCGGCCGGCGCAGACCGGGACCACGAGUAUUGCAAUCCAAUGGCCAGGGAUAGACCGGAGGAGUGGGAGAGGAUGAGAACGAUGGGGUGGCGAGUGGUGGUGGCGGGCGGCGGGGGAGACCCGUUGAUAGAUCGGCAGAGGGAGCUGACGGCGAAGCUGGAGGCGAAGGGCGUGCAAGUGGUGGGCCUUUUCGGCGGCGACGGCGAUUAUCACACGGUGGAGAUGAUGGAGGCGGCUAAGGCAGAGUUGUUUCUCGAGAAACUGAAAGGCAUCGUUUGAGCCGGCGGCUCGGCUAGGCCGGUGGCCGGAGACGGCAAUAUUAACGGCGGUCAAGGACGUAGUGCAUGGCGCGCGCGAUGGUUUGUCAUUUGCUUUCGUUUUCUUUCACGUUGUCUUUACGUCUUUGUUUCUUUUGGAGAUUUGUAUUCUCGCCAAUGUUAACCCUCUAUUGCUAAUCCGCGCAAUAGAGACUUAGC